CUCAGCCUGCCAUUGCCUACUAUAGGCAUCUCCACCCUUCCACCGCAAGAUGGCUGGACGAUCCUAAUCACCAGCUCAAGUGCUCCGACAGGUCUAGUUCAGAUCGAGAUAGAGCGCUAAGAGGAGAGCACUAGUCUCUGCUCGACAACUUCCUAUCCUCCAUCUACCUUCCAUCUGCUAUCACGCUGCCUCCCUUCACGCCGCCGUCCUUUGCUGUCCACGCCGUGCUGCGACCACCUUGCUUGCUCAGUAGAACGCCAGUGCCCUCCCCCGUCAUUGCCGCAUGCUUCCGGCGACCUUUCUCUACUCGUUUCCCCAACAUGGCCACCAUUGGCUUGACCAUUGACGGAAUUCGACUUCGUGAUACAGACAAGCGUGAAGUCACGUUUCGGGGUAUCAAUGUAGCGGGAGAUUGCAAGUUCCCUCGGCAACCUGACCAACCUUCGCAUGUUCGGAAUGGUUUCUUUGACUCUGAAGAUAUCUCCUUUGUUGGCCGGCCGUUUACUGAAGAGGAGUCACACGUACACUUUGCUAGGUUGAAGAGAUGGGGAUACAAUGUCAUCCGGUACAUUUUCACCUGGGAGGCUCUGGAACACGCAGGGCCAGGUAUAUAUGAUGAAGACUUUAUCGACCACACGAUUAAGAUUCUCCGAAUAGCGAAGUCCUAUGGUUUCUGGAUCUUCAUGGAUCCUCAUCAAGAUGUAUGGUCGCGUUUCUCGGGCGGUUCUGGUGCUCCCCUAUGGACUCUUCAUGCUUGUGGUCUUGAUCCUGAGGCGUUUAAUGCAACGCAGGCCGCUGCUGUCCACAAUACCUGGCCCGAGGCUACCGAGUAUCCUAAGAUGCUUUGGCCCACAAAUUACACCAGGCUCGCAACCGAAACGACGUUUACUUUGUUCUACGCCGGGAGAGAUUUUGCGCCAAAUGCCAUCAUCGACGGUAAGAAUAUUCAGGACUAUCUGACCGAUCAUUUCAUCGAUGCAUGCGCACAUCUUGCCCAGCGGAUCCACGACGCCGGUGGUUUGGAGGAUGAAUGUAUUAUUGGAUGGGAGACGAUGAAUGAACCCCAUCGAGGCUUGGUCGGCUGGGAGGAUCUAGAUGCCAUUCCAGAUGAAUUGAAGAUGAGGAAAGGCACCUGCCCAACACCCUGGCAAUCCAUCCUGACUGGCGCUGGUCGAGCAGUCGAGAUUGAUGUAUACGCCUUCAGCACUUUUGGCCCUUACAAGAGUGGAAGAGAGCUAGUCGACCCCGAAGGUGUGCAGGCCUGGCUACCUAAGGACUAUGACGACAGCAAAUAUGGCUGGAAAAGAGACCCAGGAUGGAAGCUAGGCGAAUGCCUGUGGGCUCAAAAUGGUGUUUGGGAUCCGAGUCAAGAUCAACUUCUGAAAAAGAACUAUUUUGCAUCGAUUCCCAAGUCAGGCGAACCCCUCGACAUUGAAAAGUUUACCAACAUUUAUUUUAUGCACCACUUUCGCAAGUAUCGAGACGCCAUUCGUGCAAUCCACAAGAAUUGUAUCAUUUUCCUCCAAUCCGCCGUGCUGGAGAUCCCUCCAAGCAUCAAGGGAACUGCGGACGACGAGCAACGACUGAUCUUUGCCUCGCAUUAUUACGACGGCGUCACUCUGAUUCAGAAACAUUGGAACAAAUUCUACAAUGUCGACAUCUUUGGUCUUCUGCGCAAACGUUAUUCCAAUCCGGUUUUCGCAGUCCGAUUAGGAGAAACAGCAAUCCGGAAUUGCUUGCGAGAUCAAUUGAAAGCGAUUCGAGAAGAAGGCAUGGAGUUUGUUGGAGAACGACCAACCAUCUUCACCGAAAUAGGCAUCCCUUAUGACAUGGACGAUAAAUAUGCUUACAAAACUGGCGACUACUCUUCACAGACCUCUUCGCUCGACGCAAAUUCUUUCGCCAUCGAGGGUUCGGGAGCUCAAGGAUUCACAUGGUGGACCUAUGUCAGUAAGAACAAUCAUGAAUACGGCGAUCUAUGGAAUGGCGAAGAUUUGUCGAUUGUCUCGCUCGACGACUCACUCCUUCCGAGUGCAGCCGACUUCAACACAUCUGCCUUAGGCACCGCCAAUCCAUCAACAACCUCGCUUCCACAUGGUCAAAUCACCUUAACAUCAUCGUCUGACACCACCCUCACCGACGCCAUGACCAUCAAUCCAUCAAAUCUCAAGUCUGCUCUCCACACUCCUCCGGCCCUGAGCCAAACACAGCCCAACGCCCCUGGAAACCUCUCCGCGACCCCAGGAUUUCGGUCCGCAGAGGCCUAUGUCCGACCCUCCCCGAUCGCCACCGCAGGUGACGUGGUAUCAUACGUCUUCGACCUCAAGUCGGUCACGUUCAACUUCUCACUCGUUGCAUCCGCGCCCACAAAGGAGGAGGUACCCACCGAAAUAUUCCUCCCUGAAUUUCACUUCCCACCUGGGAAGACCGGGGUAGAAGUCACCGGUGGUCGCUGGCGUAUCGAUCUGGUCGACGUGAAUGGAGAGGGCAUGCAAGUCAUGAAGUGGUGGCACGGAGCAGGCGAGCAAAGUAUGACCGUUAAAGGUGUCAAAAGAAAACCAGGUGCUCUCGAAGAGGAAGUCGAAGGUGACGAGGGCUAUGUAGAGACGGUGACCCGCACGGUACAGAAUUGCUCUGUCAUGUGAAGGAGACCCAUGGUCGUUCUUCCAGGCAGAAAGCCUCAUUAUGGACAGUAUAAUUUUGGGAGUAUGAGGGUACCGGGGUUCUUUGAAUAUAUUUGGAAAAGGGCUCAGAAUAAGGGCAAUGCAUGCUUUUUCUAGGGCAGUGCCUGACAUGUGUGAUCUUGGACCAAGGGCCACUGAUGGAGGAACUUCAUGAAGCGACGAAGUGUUUGAUUGAUUCAAAAGAUGGUAUAUAUGAACGACCCGCUUGCUAGUAUGCGUGAAUAUCAUAAUAUCAUCUUACCUUUCUGCAGCG